GCCCAGCUGAGUUUCAAGAUAUAAAAGCAACUUCGGGUGCCCCCUUUGCAGCCGGGACGUAUUAAAGGGCUGGGAGUCGGGCAGCUCCCGGCGUCUCUGGGCUCGCGUCCCCGUCCCUCCUCUGGGCCUUCCCUCCUCCCGCUCCCUCCUCCUUCCCCCUCCCUCCCUCUCCCGAGCCCUCAGUACUGCCCGCGCGCCCGCGGAGCUCCCACGCAGCCUCCCAGGAUUAUGGAGUUUCUGAGCGAGAAGUUUGCCCUUAAGAGCCCGCCAAGUAAAAACAGUGACUUUUACAUGGGCACAGGAGGCGCAUUGGAACACGUUAUGGAGACGCUGGACAAUGAGUCCUUUUACAGCAAGGCGUCCGCAGGCAAAUGCGUGCAGGCCUUCGGGCCAGUGCCCCGCGCCGAGCAUCACGUGCGCUUGGAGAGGACCUCGCCCUGUCAGGACAACGGCGUGAACUAUGGGAUCACCAAAGUCGAAGGACAGCCCCUACACACAGAACUGAAUCGAGCCUUGGACAACUGCAAUAACCUCCGGAUGUCUCCCGUGAAAGGGAUGCCUGAGAAGGGAGAGUUGGAUGAACUGGGGGACAAAUGUGACAGUAAUGUAUCCAGCAGCAAAAAGCGGAGACACCGAACCACCUUCACCAGUUUGCAGCUCGAAGAACUGGAGAAGGUCUUUCAAAAAACCCAUUACCCGGACGUAUAUGUCAGAGAACAGCUUGCACUGAGAACAGAGCUCACUGAGGCCAGGGUUCAGGUUUGGUUUCAAAAUCGAAGGGCCAAGUGGAGAAAAAGAGAACGUUAUGGGCAAAUCCAACAAGCUAAAAGCCACUUUGCUGCCACCUAUGACAUAUCAGUUUUACCAAGGACAGACAGCUACCCGCAGAUUCAGAACAAUUUGUGGGCAGGAAAUGCAAGUGGUGGUUCUGUGGUUACUUCAUGCAUGUUACCACGUGAUACUUCCUCCUGCAUGACACCUUAUUCUCACUCGCCUCGGACAGAUUCCAGUUACACAGGGUUUUCAAACCACCAGAAUCAGUUCAGCCACGUGCCCCUCAACAAUUUUUUCACUGACUCUCUUCUGACUGGGGCUACUAAUGGACACGCAUUUGAAACAAAGCCAGAGUUUGAACGGAGGUCUUCCAGUAUCGCAGUUCUUCGAAUGAAAGCCAAGGAGCACACCGCCAAUAUUUCAUGGGCCAUGUAACAUACAGUACUCUUUUAUUUUUUUUCUUUUUCAUAGCAGUAAAACGUUCUUGUUUCUCAUAUUUAAAGGAUGCCACAAUAAGCUGCUGUGUGUGGAAUGGCUAAAGGUCAAGAUAUACAGUGAGACCAACAUAAAUGAAUAGUUCUUAUUAUUUAACAUUAAAGUUUAAUAAUAAACCUCUGAAAAGACUAAAUAGGUUUACCAUGCACCAGUCUCCACAAAUUCUUUUAUAGUAGUAAGAUUUUUUUUCCCUAUUGUACAAGUCAGUGAAAUAUGGCCAUGCAACUUCUUAAAGGAAUAAAUGUAUUAAACAAA